GCAAAAAGCCUUGGCUGCUACUGGACAAAAGACAAUAGAAGACGCUGCAAAAUGGUUGCACUCCCACUGCAAUGAUCCCUCUUUGGAUGACCCAAUCCCUCAGGAGUAUGCUCUUUACUUGUGUCCCACCGGCCGUUUGCACAACCACUUGCAAGAGUUUUGGAAGGAGAGCAAGCGCCAGUGCGGGAAAAACAGAGCCCACGAGAUUUUUCCACACAUCACUCUCUGCGACUUCUUCACAUGUGAAGACCAGAAAGUGGAGUUACUGUAUGACACCUUAAAGCGAGUCGGUGACAGCUUUUCACAGUCCUUUCCGCCAUUCAUUUCUCUAUCACUACAUUCAUCCACCAGUUACCUUGGCUUCUUCAUUGGCGACAGCCAUGCAAAUAUCCUCAAAGAGUUUGCUCUGGCAUUCUCAUCAGAGGCCUCAGCCCUGGCAGAUUGCCAUGUGAAGCCCUGCCUAAAGCAGCUCCACCUUACCUUGGCUCACAAGUUUUAUCCUCACCAUCAAAAGACUUUGGAACAAUUGGCCAAAUGCAUUAACCCAGGGGAGACCUGCCAGUGGGUGGCUGCUCUCUACUCACGGGACAUGCGUUUUGUGCAUUACCAGACGCUGAGGGCCCUCUUCCAGUACAAGCCCCAGAACAUCGACGAACUCAUGAUCAACAUCGGCGACUUUGUCUACGUUGACCCGACGCAGCAGUCCGACGUGAGCGAAGGCUGGGUGAUUGGGACCUCACAUCGGACUGGCUGCAGGGGUUUUCUUCCCGAAAACUACACUGAGAGGGCCAAUGAGUCAGACACGUGGGUUAAGCACAGAGAAUAUACUUUUGUAACAGCUUCGAGAUCCUUCACCCAAACUGAAAAUGAACUUCAUGAAAAGCUGAAUGGAGAAGUCCAUAAUCCUAGUAUGUCAAGGAAUGUAACCAAUGUACUUUCUCGUCAGUAUGCCACCUUGCGAAGAGCCGUGCUGGUGAUGCGCCACGGGGAAGGAGUUGAUCAAGUCUUUGGCAAAUCUUGGCUUCAACAGUGCUUGACUGCAGAUGGAAAAUACUACAGAGCUGAUCUGAACUUCCCUUCCACCCUGCCGAAGCGGAAAGACAGCAUGAAGCAUUUUGAGUAUGAUCCUCCUUUAUCUUGCUGUGGUAUUUUCCAGUCGAGGCUUAUAGGGGAAGCUCUGCUGGACCAGGACGUGACAGUCAGCUACGUGUACUCAUCACCCGCACUCCGCUGCGUACAGACAGCUCAACACAUACUGCAGGGGCUUAAAUUAGACCAAAAAGUCAAAAUCAGGGUGGAACCAGGACUGUUUGAAUGGACCAAGUGGGAAGCAAGCAGAGCAAUUCCUAACUUCAUGACCGUGACAGAACUGGCAGAGGCCUCUUACAAAAUAGACACAAGUUACAGGGGUAACUUCCCACUCUCUUCUCUGGUGCCAUCGGAAAGUUAUGAAGAAUAUGUAAGCAGAAGCUCUGUGGUUAUAAAACAGAUCAUCACUGCCUGCCCCAGCAAAGGUGUCAUCCUCAUUGUGGGCCAUGGCUCUUCCUUGGCAUCUUUCACCCGACCUCUGAUAGGGCUCCCUGCCAGAGACAGCAGCGACUUUGCCCAGGUGGUACGAAAGAUCCCUUCUCUGGGUAUGUGUUUCUGUGAAGAGCUGAAAGAGAAUAACAAAUGGCAGAUGGUCAACCCACCAGUGAAGACAUUAACUCAUGGAGCAAAUGCAGCUUUUAACUGGAGAAAUGGUAUCGUGGAAGAUUAGAAGGCCGGCUCUGCCUUUGCAGUUGUCAAAAAUGAGCCAAAGACAGGUCAUGGUUCAGCACAUUCCAGUGAUUCAUCCAGAAGACUUACAGAGGCUGGGAAAUACCCUCCCUGAGUUGUCAAAGCACAGAAAAACACUUCCGAGAUUGGUGCCUGAAUUUUUCCUUUCAGUGGCUGAGAAGAAGGA